GCUCCUUUAAUGUUUCGUCUCAUCAAAUGCUACAAACACACAUUUUUACACAUUUCAGGGUCCAUAUGUGUGGUUACAGCGACUUGUGUCAGAAAUCAUUGAAGAGGUUACAUAUACUCAUGCACUAAUACAAUAACAUUAAAAUCAAUAUUUGUGAAGCAUCAAGUGGAAUUAAACAUGAUUUAAAAAAUUCAAAUGUGACACACUGUUGGUAUAAAGUUUUUAUGAAAUACAAAUGAUUCAAUAAUUACUAUGUAAAAACACCCAACAGUGUCUUAUAACAAAUGUCUGAACUGUUUAUACAUUCACAGAUAUGUUAACACUGUUUAGAAAAUCAUUUAAAACUGGUGAUGACAUGAUUAUUUAUUUAUGAUAAAAUGUUAGAAAACUUACAUGUUGUCAGCUGUCUGUCUACACACCCAAGCUUUAUGAAGGAGAUAUAGUUUUCAACAAAGACAAUACUAAUACUAAUACUACUAUGACUAAUAAUAAUAAUAAUUCAUAAAAUAAUAAUAAUAAAUUGGAUUUUCUGGAUAUUGAAAGACACUUUACAGCGAACAACAUCAAAACAAAGAAAAAAAAAAUGAAAUUACAAUAAAUUCUGAUGUGAUAUACUGUCAGUAUAAAGUUUUUAUGAAUCACAAAUGAUACAGUAAUUAGCCUAGAUAAAUAGAAUGGAUAGAAACACUUUAAUAGUACCUUAAAACAAAUAUAUGAACUGUGUUCACAUUCACAGGUGUUAAAACUGUUAAGAAAAUCAUUCAAAACUGGUGACGACAUGAUUAUUUAAAAAUAAAUAUUAUAAACGUUACAUGUUGUCAGUUGUCUGUCACCAGAAUGUUUACGGAGUACAACAACAAACCAAAAAUAACAAAAUAGAAUAAAACAAAAACUAAAUUACCUCACAAAUAUCCUUAUAUCUGCAUACAACUACAGCGCAGUGUGUUAUAAACCAUUUAAUAAUUAUUUGUAUAAACUGUUUACAGAUGAUAAAUAUGGGGGUAAAAAUAAAGUCUUAUCCAAAAGGCCUUAAGACAUAAUGUCUUUAAUUUGCAGGCUUUUCCAGUCAGGCAGUGAGUUCAGAUUUCUUGUCUCAACAGAAACACUAAAGUCUUUUUAAUGUUCGAUGUAUGUGGAAGUCAUUUUUAAUGAGCUUCUAUUAAUAUGAAACACCUUUAUUUUAAUUAAGAAACUCAUUCCAGCAUUGCUCUGUAUGGGAUUGUGUGUUGUUUUUUCAGAAUUAGGUGGAAUAGUGGUUGAAUUUAAGUGUAUAUAAAUAAAAGUUUACUGUGUGUGUCUCUACUAGAGCAGACCAUUUUCAAAACUGUAUCUGACAUGGAUUUUAAUUUUCAUCAGGAAUUACAUUUGUUGUGAACAUAAAAAACCUUUAAUACUAGCCAGUUCAUGCUGUUAGACCUAUAAAAGUAAAUGUAUGAUACACACAGGGUUACAGACCGGGGAGACGUUGUGCUCUGACACCAGCAGGUGGCGCGCCAACACCGCAGCUGCAGGGGGAGCAGAGGAGCCGCUGCUCUGCAACAAGAGGGAGGAACACCAUGACUGCAAUGAGACGGAGCAGAGAGCAGAGGAUGAAGGAGCUCAUGUGUGUCAGGAUGAGAAGAGGAAACCUUAAGAGAUGUGCUUCGGAUCAACAGAGAGUGUCAGAAUAUGAAACACAAACAUGUGACAUGGGUCAAAAUAUUAUAUAUAUUAUAUAUUGUCUUUACAGAGUGGAGACACAGCUGCUGCCACUGAGUGCUGCUGUAACUUAUAUCAGUGUUAGGCUUUCAUCUAGCUGUAGUUAUAAAAGGGUAAUUAUAACAGGCAUGAUAACUACAAAAAACUAAAUAGAUACAAAAUAAAAUUAUAAUAAUAGCCUAAUAAUAUUAUUAUUAAUAAUAAUGGGGUUUAAUGAAUAAAUGAAUUAAUGACUUAAUUUCGAGCAAUAAAUAAAUUAAAUUAAAAACAAAAAUCAUCAAACAUGCUCAAAAAGGAGCAGGAAGAACUACACAUUGAUGUAAUAUAAUCCUUCCCUCUUCUCACUAUUCAUCUCUCUUUUAAAGAUUAAAUUGUCAUCAGCUAUCCCAAACUUAUUUACAACCAUUAAUAUAGAUAAAUAAACAACAAUCUUAGAUAUUAAGUAUAUAAACCCCAUCUUAACUUUACUUACACCCCAGUUAACACCCAGCGAUAAAUAAGAUAAAGACAUUCUGCAUAUGAUUUGCGCACUGUGACCUGAGAGACCUGACAGCUCCAGGUGUUUACAGCUGUGUUUGAUUUUGUCGUUAUCACUGAUAAUUUAGUGACUUUUCAUGAGCAAAAUACUCUAAAGUAAUAUAUAUAUUGUAAAUUAGUGUAGCAUGUUGCACAGGCUGGUGUGAAUGUACUGUUGCUGUCUGAUGCACUGAUGGAGCCACCGAAGUGUUGAGUGCAGCCUCAUUAAAAAUGAUUUAAAAAUAAAUUUGUUUUAGUUUUAAUCAAGUGUGGUGAAUUUGGAUAGAGGUGAUUUAGUGCUGAGGUAAGAAGGUGUAUUAGAUUUAAAUAUUUAUUCAAAAAAGCUGUCAAGCUGUGGGGUUCUACUGGGAGCAUUCCUGUAUUCCACAAUUAUUUUUUCUUCUUAAUAAUUCAAAGUGUAUAAAUGAUAAUAUAGUAAAAGUUUCAGGGUGCCGAGUCUUGUCCCUGCAGCCUUCAGCAGGUGAGUGCACUCACAGCACUUAUGGAGCAGCUUAAGGCCUGCGAUGCCAAAGAUGGCUGCUGCCCUUUGCCACGCCCACUUCUUUGCCACUUUUAUGCAUUUUUCUCAGAAAUAAAGCAUAAAUUUAUGUUUGAAUAUACUGUUGGCACGCAGAGAGGCCGCAGUAGAUGUGUGGUCGCCGAUAUAAGGUGAAGUUUGGUGUUAAAGCUGCGCACAAGAAGCACCUAGUGCUGUAGUGCUUAAUGAGGGGGUGUGAUGCUCUGAUAUUGCAAAAGGAGGAUAAAAUUAAUAAAAGUAUGCUUUCUUUUUGGUCAAAGUGUAAAAUACUAUUAUAUUACAUUAAAGUGGAGCUUAUACAAUGUCUACGCGUAGUGAUUUUUGUUGAAAAAUCGAUAUAACUCGGUUGCCUCUGAAUAUUCAAAUUGAAAGUAACGCGCAAUCAAAUCAUUGUCAAAUCAUUGAGUUCUAGGGGUUUUAAAUAGUAGGCAUGGAGGGAGAAAAUCUCAAACUAAUAUGUCCCCAGCUAUAUUACAAUAUUGUUGUAUGCUCUAGCUCUGCUGUAGGACAUUUGUGUUGAGAUUUUUGGAGACUUUUGCACAAAUUUCGUUCUUGGCCAUUUUGCUGAGGCAGAAAAGGACGUUGUGGAGUCCCACAGGUCUUCUCCAGGGAGCCUCUCUUCAUCAAAGUCAUCAUGUCUGAUAAGCCAAGGGUGUACCAGGGCGUCCGAGUGAAGACCACGGUCAAAGAGCUGCUCCAGAGGCACAGAGCCCGGGAGGCCAACAGCAAAAAAGUUAAAACGAUAUACCAGGCUUGCUCCAAUCUCCAGGAUCUCUCCUCUUUUCAAAGUCGCUAUGUGGACCCUCCUCCCACCGCUGCCCCAGUGGACGCGAGCAGCUGUGGAGCGCGAGCCUUCCAGCUGCGCACCGCCCAGUUCCCCGUGCCUGACAGCUCGUGCAACAACCUGAUGCAGCAGAGCACCUUCAACGACAUCCAGGAGCAAUUCGACGACAUGGUGUUGCCCGGCAACGGCUACAGUGGCAGUAACAGCAACAACAAUAACAACAACAACAACCACAGCCCUGACAGCGGCUACAACGCCUUCCUGCCUCCCCAUCCCACCUUCCAGCUGCCGUGGUGCCCUGGACUCUCCUCUGAUGCGGACUACUAUGGCCCUGGGAUGGCUCCCUGCUCCCCACCGGAGUCGCUGAAGCUCUGCAACCCCAUGGAUCACAACAGCUACUCACCGCAGGACUCUUUCUCCUCCUCUUCCUCUUCCUGCUACGACUCACCCACCAGGAUGGAGUCCAGCUACCACAGCUUCCCCUCAGAGCACUACCACUAUCAACACUGCAACCUCCAGGACUGUUACUGCCUGUCCCACUGCUGGCCGGGCCAACAGGAGAGCUUCUCUGCCCCCGAAUAUGCACCUUACUACAACCCCACAGACUAUCCAUACACCUGUCCUGCGGAGGAGAACUAUUAUAAGAGGGAUCUGAUGAGCUCUGAAAUGUGUUACAAUAUACUAUGAUGAGACCGUCGACAGUAUUGUUUGUCUUUGACUGUAAAUAUUCUGUUCAAGUAGCCAGUGAGGCUGUUUGCUGUUUGCUUGGAUGGUCCGCUGUGCAUUUCACUGUGUGCUCUGAUUGGCUUUUUGCUUUGGUGGAAUGAUGAAUGCUGAAUGGAUGGAAAGGCUGAUAUUUUUGUAUCGAUGACUCUUAUUUUACUACUAAGAUUUAUUUUCAUACACGUAACUUGUUUCGUUAAAUAAAAAAGUGUUAAAUCAA